AUGUGUCAUUCUUUCUUUCUAAUUUUCAUUCAUUCUUUCUUUCUUAUUUUCCUUCAUUCAUUCUUUCUUUCUAAUUUUCAUUCAUUCUUUCUUUCUUAUUUUCAUUCUUUCUUUCUUUCUUAUUUUCAUUCUCUCUUUCUUUCUUAUUUUCAUUCUCUCUUUCUUUCUUAUUUUCAUUCUUUCUUUCUUAUUUUCAUUCUUUCUUUCUUAUUUUCAUUUUUUCUUUCUUUCUUAUUUUCAUUCUUUCUUUCUUUCUUUCUUAUUUUCAUUCAUUCAUUCUUUCUUUCUUAUUUUUAUUCUUUCUUUCAUUCUUUCUUCUUUUCACUCUUUCUUUCUCGUUUUCAUUCUUUCAUUCUUUCUUUCUUAUUUUCAUUCUUUCUUUUUUCUUUCUUAUUUUUAUUCAUUCUUUCUUUUUCUAUUUCCAUUCUUUCUUUCUUUCUAAUUUUCAUUCUUUCUUUCUUAUUUUCAUUCAUUCUUUUUUUCUUUCAUAUUUUCUUUCUUUCUUUCUUUCUUUCUUAUUUUCUUUCGUUCUUUUAA